CGUCAAUCGAAGAAUUUACACAUAAAAAUCACAUUUGAUUCGACGGUGAUUUCGAUUCGAUGAUGUUUUCCUCAACAACUGCAGCAGGUGCUUUAGGAUUUUCUUCAUUCAACACUCUUGGCCCGUCAUCUUCGAAUUUGGUGAAUGUGCUCUGCCUGCUUGUCUUGUAAACGUUGCUUUGAUGAGUAAGCCAUUGGCAUCGACUGAUUAGAUAACUCUACGUGCAUAAAGUUGAUCAUGGUGCUAUAUGAGCUGGAAGUAUAGAUGUUACUAACUGCAUCUCUACAUUAUGGAUGCCAAUCGUGUUGGGUUGGCAGGUUGAAGGACUACGGGUUGCCAAGCUGAAUAUACGAAUCCAAACGCGACCCGUUUAUUUAUUCAUGUCAAAAACAUCAUCCCUAGCCUGCACACACACUGUUUAAUGUUCAUUUGCAUAUAUGAGUAUUAUCUUGUGACUUAGCAUUUAGUAACUAGUUUUUUUUAACUGGUGUCUUUUUAAUUGUUUUUGUGCUUUAUCUCUCAUUCCUAUAACAAACUGUGUGUGUGUGUGUAUAUAUUGUUCAAGAGUAGAGAAACCGGAUAAAAAGGGUUGGAGAAUUGAUAGAGUCUACCUAACUCAAAAGCGCUCUUAAUUUAGCUCGGUAGAAUAUGGGUCUUUAAAACCCAAUUUCGUAGGUUCAAAUCCUACAGAGCGCGAGUUGUUUCAGAUUUCAUGUUUUAAUGUAUACUGGUUGUGGUGUUUUGCUGUAUUGUACACGGUUUUGCAGGACCUCACACUACAGGAUUAACAUUUAAAUGUGAACGGUCACAUCUCAGUGGCCAAGAAAGAGGAAGCAGAAUAGCAGCUUACAAAACAACUGCUGACGCUACAUUUAGCCCCGAGAAACUUGUAUCAAUUUCUGCCAUGCCUGCUUACGAAGCUAAAAGUCAUGAAGAACUAAGGUCAGAAGAUUACAACUUCCCUGGAAAAGCAGGUGGGCUUGGCUUAAGUUCUUCAGCAGUAAAGUCGACAUCACCUGCUGUUAGUUUUUCUACAGCAUCACCAGGAACAGCUUCAAUUUUUUCUCUACCAGUGAAACCUAACCUAGACCGUCCCAUGUCUACCUGGAACUAUCCUGGCCCCACAUUCACUUCACAGCCCAUUCAAUUUUCACCUUUUUCAGGAUUCAUGGAGACGACCACCUGGAAGGAUCCUGGCUCCAUAUUCACUUCACCGCCGCCACUUCAAUUUUCACCUUCUGCAACCACUGUUACAUCUGCUCCUUCAAACUCAUUCAACCCAUUUACCUCUGCAGCCUCUACCACUGUUCGUAAUCCUUUUGCUCAGGGAACUGGCUUUAUCUCUGCAGCCUCUACUGCAUCAUCACCUUUGAAUCAUAAUCCCUUUACAAACCCCUUCACUUCACUAUCCACUCAUACGUCUUCCGCAUUUCCUGCAUUCACUUCACCGCCGAUUCAAUUUUCAGCUUCUGCAACCACUGCCACAUCUGCUCCUUCAAACUCGUUCAACCCAUUUACUUCUGCAGCCUCUACCACUGUUCAUAACCCUUUUGCUCCAGGAACUGGCUUUACCUCUGCAGCCUCUACUGCAUCAUCAGUGUCACUUUCACCAUUGAAUCAUAAUCCCUUUACAAACCCCUGCACUUCACUAUCCACUCAUACGUCUUCCUCGAGUCCUGCAUUUCCUGCAUUCACUUCAUCGCCCCUUCAGUUUUCAGCUUCUGCAACCACUGCCACAUCUGCUCCUUCAAACUCAUUCAACCCAUUUACUUCUGCACCCUCUACCACUGGCUUUACCUCUGCAGCCUUUACUGCAUCAUCAGUGUCACUUUCACCUUGGAAUCAUAAUCCCUUUACAAACCCCUCGACUUCACUAUCCACUCAUACGUCUUCCUCGAGUCCCGCAUUUCCUGCAUUCACGGGGGUUGUAAAUAGCACACCAUCUUCUCUAAAUGCUUUCUGGACAACUCCAAUUAAUGGGCCUGUUAGGCCCACCAUAACAGCAGCUGCUAACUGUAUUUCGGUUUCACCUGUGAGCUCUGGAUUGAGUCCAGCUCAGAAUUGUAAUGGGACAACAGGAGUUGUUGGUCAAAUGUCUUCGUCUCUGGUUACAAACAUGGAAAAGUCGUCACCUGUUGCAAGUCCAUUUGGAACACUUCCUCCAAAACCUCAUAUGAUUGUUGACGGUUCUCAAUCUAAACAGCCAAUUCAAUACGGGAUAUCCAGCUUACGUGUUAAAGACAAGCCUGCUCCGGUCAAAUAUUCCAUGUUGACUACUAGGCAUCUGUCUGGAAGAAUCAAGCUGCCAGUUCGGAAGUAUGAACCAAAAUCAAAUGCUCCAAAGAUACCAUAUUUUAGUGACACCAAGGAGAUACCGGUUGCUACAUAUAUUCCAAGGGAGAAUCCAAGGGCAUUGGUGGUCUGUCCUGAAAAGUGGCAACAUACCGCUACGAUGCAGAACGUUCAUGAAGAAAAAUUAUCUGGUAGCACAUAUGAGAAUCAAAGAGAUGAUCCAACUGAAGAGAAACAAUUGUUCACAACAGUCCUUGAUGUACCAGCAAAACUUCAACAACCUGACUACUACACACACCCUCAAAUUUCCGAGUUAGAAGCGAAAGAAAGGGCCGAGCCAGGAUUUUGCAGGCGUGUGAAGGACUUUGUGGUUGGGCGUCAUGGAUAUGGCAGUAUCAAGUUCUUAGGGGAAACGGACGUGAGAAAGGUUGAUAUAGAAACUGUUGUCCAGUUUAAUAACCGAGAGGUGAUUGUGUACAUGGAUGACAGCAAGAAACCUCCGGUUGGUGAAGGCCUUAACAAAGAAGCUGAGAUUACGCUUCUUAACAUCAAAUGCUUCGAUAAAAAGACUGGAAUGCAGCACACGGACGGGUCAAAGAUCAAUAAAUACACAGAGAUGCUAAAGAAGAAGGUGGCGGCACAAGGUGCUGAGUUUAUGUCGUAUGAUCCAGUUGAAGGAGAAUGGAAAUUUAGAGUCAAGCACUUCUAAAGUGAAUAAUACAGUUUGUUUCUUUGGUGGGCUAAUAUAGGAUUAAUUUGAUUUCUACCUUGAAGUUGUGUUUAAUGUGGUUUACAGUUUGAAGAUUUGUUUUGUACUUGUUAACAGUUGCGUGAAUGAAAAUGUUAUAACGUUUUCAUUCAUUAAUAAAUCGUAUAUUUUUGUGUUU